AUGGCGGAUAUCCCAAGAUCAGUUAUACAAAAAUUAAUGUUUUUUACAGCAUUAAUGAUAAUAUUACCAUUAAUUACAUUUUUUUCAAUACAAUACAUGACAAAUAAUUCAAUAAUAAGUGGUGGAUUAAGUGCUUUAGUUGCUAAUAUAGUAUUAAUUGGUUAUAUUAUAGUUGCAUUUAUGGAAGAUAAUACAAAAAUUCAAUUAGAAAUUCAUGAAGAAGAAAAAAAGAAACAACUAUAG